AUGCAGACUCGCACCUCCGCUCAAGUGCGCAGCCUCGCACCGCCGCUCAAGUGCGCAGACUCUUGCCAUGAGCAAAACCUGAAUCCGGGAUAUCAUAUUUACGGUCUUGACAGAAGAAAACGAGUUUACCGCAGCCUGUCUGAUGGUCGGGUGAUCAUCACACAACAUUUCACAGAGAGGACUGUCACUCCUGGCGGUGAUAUCAGCAUGCAAUGCUCAGCCACAGGAGACAGACCGCCUCAAUUCACCUGGGAGCGUGACGGGGUCGUAGUCACCACUGAUGCGAGGUAUUCACUAGGUCAGCUGAUGACCUCCGACAACUCGGUGGUCGCCCAGUUGAACAUAACGCGGGUGCGCGUGGAGGACGGCGGCCUGUACUCCUGCAGCGCUUCGGACGGCGAGCAUUCGGCCGUCCACGAGAACCGGCUCGACGUUUACGGUCCUCCAUACAUAAGAGUCCUACCUCCGAUCAAAGUUCAGAGCGGUGAAUCAAUCAACUUGAGGUGUCCUUUUUACGGAUAUCCUAUUAGUAAAAUCGACUGGGAGUACAAGGGCAAGACAAUCAACUCCAACCCAUUUCACUCGCGAUACAAACGCAACCAGAAACGAAAAAGAAACGCGCCAACUGUUAAUAUGAACGGACUUUUAACACUCACAGAGGUUUCCAAAGAGGAAAAUGGCGCUGUGUUCACUUGCAUAGUCACCAGUCCUUCUGGAGAGAUGGCUCGGAGAGCUUUCGAAAUACAAGUCAUCGAAGCUCCGGUGCUAGAUGAUUUGCUACUAGGGAAUAAUUUACAGGAGGGUCAGAUUGUUAACGUGUAUUGCAAUGUCAGGAGUGGUGACCUACCAAUACACUUUGAAUGGUUAAAAGAUGGGAAGAGGAUACCUAGUGGUUUAAAGGUAGUAGAACGAAGUUCUGAGCUCUUCAGUGCCUUGGUAAUCAAGAAGGUAUCUCUAGAACACUGUGGAGUUUACACCUGUGUCGCCUCCAACCAUGUCGCUAAGGUUAACAGAUCUACGGAACUUUAUAUUAAAGUGGCCCCAAAAUGGCUGGAAGAGCCGUCCAAUUCGUCGCUCCUUCUGGGCCGGAGGGGAGCCGUCUCGUGCAGCGCCAGCGGCUACCCGCAGCCUCAGGUGCACUGGAUGAAGAAGGACGCUCUUCUCGGCACCUGGCAGCCAGUCCUCGAGCUCGCCGGCGGCGGGAUCCUCAGUCUACCCAACGGGACCCUCGUGAUAGAGGAGGUGUCCUUAGCUGACGAAGGGCUCUACUCCUGUAACGUGGAGAACGGAGUGGGGCAGCCGCUCAGCAAGUCUGUGUGGAUGAGUGUCAACAAACCCGUUCACUUUGAUUCAUCGACAGCCAACGUGACUUCACGGUUGGGUCACCCGGUAAAUUUGGCAUGCAAACCACUCGGCGAUGACCCAAUCAGGGUGACAUGGACCCACAACGGGAAUGUCAUCGAUUUUAGACAUCACAGGUCAAAACUAACAGAGACGAAAUCCACACUGGGCGUUGUUAGCACAAUCAGUAUCCAAUAUUCCGAGGCGAUGGACGGCGGCUUGUACCAAUGUCGAGCCAGCAACCCCUACGGCGCUGCAAGCUUCACUAUACAUCUCACCAUUUUAGAGCCUCCCACGCCGCCGUCCGACCUCCGCGUGGAGUCUGUAUCGUCGCGCGUCGCGCUCGUGUCGUGGCGCGAGCGCGACGCGCGGACGGCGCACGCGCAGUACUACUCCUUACAACAUGUGCCGCAGCACUACAAUGUCUGGGAGCACGCGGUCACCAUUAACGUCUCUAGAAAAGACACAGAUCUGAGACAAAGCUUGGAGCUGCAGAACCUGAGGCCGGCCACUACGUACGGCGUGCGAGUGGCCACCGGCAACCAAGUCGGCGUCAGUCUGUUCACCGCCCCCGUGCACUUCACCACACACGAAGAGGCUCCAUCCUCAUCCCCGAACAACGUGCAAGCUGAACAAACUGAAAAUCCAGGAGAGCUGCGGGCUUCCUGGAUGCCUCCGCUGAAGGAGACCCACAACGGGCUUAUAGUAGGGUACCACGUCAAGGCGGUGCCGCAGGGCAGUUCAGUAUCGGACAUCAAUGACUCAAGGACAGUCAAGGUUUUACAUCAAUCAGGAAAACAAGAAACUUUACUAAGUGGACUCUUAAAAAACACUAGGUAUGCUGUGUCAAUAGCAGCCUUCACCAGUGCGGGAUCAGGACCAUUUUCAAUACCCGUAUUUCAAGACACCAGAGAAGGAGCGCCAGAGCAAGCGCCGCUGGCUGUGGAAUGCACGGCGGUGUCGCCGACGUCACUGCGCGUGGGUUGGCAACCCCUGCAGGCCGGCGCCAGCUCGCUCGUCGGCUACUCCGUGCUCUACGCGGCAGAGGAAGACGCAUGGCAUAACCAAACGUCACUCCACACCGAGAUAUACCUGCAGGGCCUGCUGAAGUACUCCAACUAUACCGUCAAAGUGGCCGGUUUCUCCAACUACGGGGCAGGACCUUUCUCCUACCCAAUCGUUUGUGCUACUUUACAGGAUGUGCCCGACCCGCCAGCUGACAUCAAAGUAUUAGUGCUGUCGGGCUCCUCCUUGCUCGUCAGUUGGAAGAGACCGGAACAUUCCAAUGGAAUACUGCUAUAUUAUACAGUUUACGUCAAACCCACUUCCAGCAACGGUCCCCCACAAACUUACCGCGUGGAGGAGGGCCGCACCGGCGCAGAGAUCAAGGAGCUGGGCGCGGGUCGCAGCUACGAGGCGUGGGUCACCGCCACAACCCGCGCCGGCGAGGGCUCGCCCUCCCGCCGCGUCUCACACACCCCGACGUCUAGAGUGGUAGCGGGCGUGGCGUCCCUGGGCGGCACCGUGUCAGUGGGAGUGGGCAGCUCGCUGCUGCUGGUGUGCCAGUGCGUGGGCGUGCCGCCGCCGCGCACCGUGUGGUACCACAAGCACAACAUCAUCACGCACCAUUCGCGCUUCACCAGGAACCAUGAUGAUAGCCUGCUCAUCAAUAACAUAGACCCAUCUCUCGGCGGCAACUACACCUGCCUGGCGAAGAACCUGUACGGCUCGGACUCUGUGGAGUACACGGUGGUGGUGCUGCCUCUGCCCGAGGCCCCGGUGCUACGCGCCACGCCGCACAAGCACUCAAUACUCGUGGAGUGGGAGCAACCCUACUACUCGCACAACAAGAGCAGUCAGAAGAUUAGUUAUAGUUUAACUUGGAAAGUGGCCAACGGGCCAUGGCAGGAGGCGUGGCCCGCUGCGCGGCCCAAUCUGUCGGUACAGAAGCAUACAUUGACUGGUCUCAAGUGUGGGACUAAGUACUCCGUCAGGAUAACUGCCACUAACAAAGUGGGGACAUCCCAACCGGCGUAUCUGGACGUAAGCACGCUUGGGGGAGUGCCGAUCCCGCCGGCGAGCAGCGAGUGGUUGUGGAGCAACAGCACGCACCUGUACGUGCAGCGCGCGGGCUGGGACGACGGCGCGUGCCCGCUGCGCGCGUUCGAGGUGCAGCACCGCCCGCUCGGCACGCGCGCCUGGAGGACCGCUCACACACAGAGUUACACGGACCUUUCAUCGUGGAGCUCGUACGAGUCGGGGCGCAGUGGGUCGUUCGCCAUCGGGGAUCUGACGCCCGGCACCUGGUACCAGGUGCGCGUCACCGCCACCAACGAGGCCGGCAGCGUCACCACGAUAUAUGCCUAUGCUACUAAGAAUGAGGAUGGCAGCGAAGUCGGCCCGCCAUCGGAAUUUUUAGACUUGAAUAUGAUCGUCAUCAUCGGCAGCUCGAUUUUACUGCUCAUCUGUCUUCUCAGCUGUGUUUACAUACUCGUCAGGAGACAAAGAAGCGGCAACCUAACAGAGUACCGCGACUCAAUAACCGUGGACAACAAGUCUGAGAGCGGCAACCUGACCGCCAACACGUCGCACACCAACCUCGCCAACAUGGCCAACAUCGGCAACCUGUCCAAGGAGAACGCCGUCAACGCGCAGAACAGGAUUUACAGCGCGCCCAUACAUAUGAGGAACAAUAGCAAACAUGAGCUGUACGAGAUCAGUCCAUACGCGCAGUUCGCGGUGGGGUUCCGUACGUUCGGGCACGUCGACAACCAGGACUUGCCCGGCCGCCACAAGCACCGUUUCGACACAGAAACCAGUUUUCAAGUGUGUUCAGAGUCUGAGGACAGUGAUAGUGUAUCAAAAUCCACACUCAAGAGCGUGCCGAGAAAGGCAUGUCGGCAACCACACCACAGAUAACUAGACAAGGAAGAAUUACCUUUUUUUAAAAUGGUAAAGGAAUAUGAUUCCAUGGACCAUUACCAAGGUGCCAAUGUUCCGUAGCAUUGUUACGUUGAAAUUGUCAAAAAACUGUCGAAUUUCAAGGAAAACGAAUUGUCAUCGAAACCACACUGCCCUUAAACCCGCAAUUAGUUAUUGAAACUUCUAGCUAACUAUACCUAUUUAUUAUUUAGCAAAACUGACCUUUAAAACAUGAGCAAAAGUGUUAAAUAAAUUAACCGAUUUUCGAAAAAUAGGAAUUACCUAUUCGCACGUGUAUCGUACAACGUUUUACAGUCCAUAUGGCCCUUUAAAUUUUCGACGUAGUUACGUAACUCGUGUCGAUUUAAAACACUCCCUUCGGUCGUGUUUUAAUUUAUCGCCACUCGUUGCGAAUUUCCUAUUUUUCGCACUUGAAUCGUAAUGU